AGAGUGCAGACCUGUGUUCGACACCAGCAGACGCUCACUUCACACUUUACUGGCAUUCCUCUGGACAACACUGAUUCAGGAUGAUGAAGUUCACCGUCACAGCCGUCGUGUUUCUGAUCUGCAGCGCCGCUCUGCUGUCCACAACAGAAGGAACACCUCUCAUGAACAUGCGCUGCCGGUGCAUUCAAACACACUCAAAACCAAUCCCUGCCGGAAGAAUCCUCUCGUUGAAGGUGAUUUCUGCUGGACCACAAUGCAGAAAUGAGGAGAUCAUUGCUACAUUGAAGAAAGGAGUGGUGUGUCUCAAUCCUAAAGCUGACUGGGUGAUUUCUGUCAAGGAAGAGUUUAACAAAAGAAACGUCACAGAGAGCAACGUUACGGAAAUGAUUAAUUCAACUGUUACUACUGUAAGAUAGAAUUUAUCUAUUUGGAUUUAUCGUCUCUUGAGGUAUCGAGUAUCGAAUGUGAAAGCAUUCUUUUGCUUAUAAACUGUGAAUUUAUUUUUAUAUUUUUACUGUAAUUUUUUUUCUGACCAUGUUUUUUUAUUUUGUAUUUAUAAUUGUCACAUGGAAUUAUAGUUUUUAUAUGUUGAUUUGCAUUGUUUUUGAAUAAUGACGAGCUUAUAUUUGCAAUAAAAGAUGUUUCAAUUGUCAUAAUGGA